CUUUCAGGUCGACAGCUCGUGACAGCAGCGUUGCUACUUGAAUAUAUAGUAACCCAAGACGCGUAGGAAAGAGUAAAGGACUAGAGUAGAGUAACUAAAAGCUUCCACGUUCUAGCUCGGCCCAGAAAUGGCUCCUCACUAUCACCGCACAAGCCCAAGCAAUCCUGCUCCCUUUCUCGCGUUUUUUUUCUUUGUUCAAAGGUUGUGUAUGCAGGAGACUAUUUCGAGAAUUGGAAUUGGGCUUCUUCUUUUCGAUUUCCUUUGUUUGUUCUUGUCCACCUUGCUGCUGCUCGGACGCAUGAAACGAGACUUGCUGUGGGGCGGAGGGCUUUUUUCGUAAUUUAGAUUUCGUGACGGUCGUGUGCUAACAUCAACGCAUGCAAAAGUAACAAUGAUUUUUCUUCGUAACGUCGUUGCGUCAAUGGCAGAUUCUUUGAACCAGGUCCGUUUUCGUAUCGGACAGCUCGAGGAGGUGAACAAUGGAAUGGCCGUCGUUGGCUGUGCGAGCAUCCAGCAACGGGUGCAGUGCAGCUCGAGCCCUGCAAGAACCGGAGCAGCUGGUUUAAGCUCCAAAGCUAGCGAGGAGGUCGUUUCGCUUGUCCACGCAAAACAGCCGGUGCUGGAUUCGCGAACGAGGAGCCCUUUUGACCGGAUGUCGGUACUUGUGGCGGACCAGUCCCAGCGUCAGCACCGCUUCUCAGCUGCCCUGAGCUACGCCGUUGCAGUUAGCCUGCAGUUUAGGAGACCACGCCCUGGUAACAAUCCGCCGAUUCAGCGUCCUUUGUCGCGAGUGGUUGCUCAUAAUCGACGGUCCCCAGAACCUUGCUGGUGCUCCAAAAUUAGAGCUAUUUACGUUACUGCACAGGUACCUCCUCAGUGGCUCCCGGAUCAUUUCAGGCCCUUCAAGCGAGCGAGCUACGGCGGAGGUCCAUCCAGUCCGUACAAAGCAUUGGCUCAACUGCGGGCGUCGGACGCGAUGCUGACUGGCUCACACAUGUCAGAGCCCGAAUGCACCGAUCUGGCCAUUUCUUUCACGCUGCAAACAUCAAAUCCUAGAAAGGAGAGACAUUGGCCCGCUGCCGCCCUAUUACAGGUGUACGUACGAGUCCAGGGCACGACUGUUUUCAGUUGGUCGCUGAUCCUGUCUCGUCCUCGUUGAGUCAAAGUAAUAUGCAUCGGGUGUUCAGUCUCCCUGGCAAUGUACUCUUCCUGCGGGCCAACCCGCCCAUGUGGUGCCUUUUGUGAAGAUCGAUCCCUGCUUUCCAUGCUCAUCUA